AGUAGUUUUUUACUUUCAAAUAAGAUUACUGCGAAUGUCUGUUGAAUCUCUUAAUAUAAAACCGACUUUACCUCGGUAGCAAGCCGGUAGACACUAUUUAAACAUCGCGUGAGUUAUUUUUAUUAGUCAUCGAGGAAACCAUGGGACUUCUAACGUAUGCCGCUAUUACAAUUGGAGCAGGGGGGGCGGUGGCUUUGACUCCUGUAGUCCUAGGUGCUGUGGGCUUUACCGCAGCUGGCAUUGCAGCCAACUCCAUUGCAGCCAGCAUGAUGGCAUCUGCAGCCACUGCAAGUGGUGGUGGUGUUUUGGCUGGAAGCACAGUUGCCGUUUUGCAGUCUGCAGGGGCGGCUGGAUUGGCUACCUCUACCACAGCUGUAGUGGCUGGUGUUGGAGGGGCAGUGGGAUGGCUCACCUCUGCAGCUGCUGCUGUUCUCAUCUAAUGUCAAAUCAGCCGCUGUACUCGUCUAAUGACAAAUCAGCCUCUAUACUCACCUGAUUGUCAAAUCAGCCGCUAUACUCACCUGAUUGUCAAAUUAGCCACUAUACUCACCUAAUUGUCAAAUCAGCCGCUAUACUCACCUAAUUGUCAAAUCAGCCGCUAUACUCACCUAAUUGUCAAAUCAGCCGCUAUACUCACCUAAUUGUCAAAUCAGCCACUAUACUCACCUAAUUGUCAAAUCAGCCGCUAUACUCAUCUAAUGUCAAAUCAGCCUCAAAUCAUGAUGGUUUAUGUGGUCUAUGUGUCUACAGUGUAUGUGUGAUGGUUUGUUUUUAACAUUAUGAUGAUGAUUGGGAAUGCCUUGUUCUAGCAGCACUAUGAAGCGGGGUUGGGGGCUGUACUGUUAGAAUGCUAAAAAACUUUCAAUCAAUCAAAUGUGUUAAUAAAGCCUUUUUUAAAUCA